GCGGAUGGAGGAGGCGGCGGCCGACGCCGAGGCCGACGAGGCCGAGCCGUGGCUGAGCAAGUGGGAGCGCCAGUGCCUGGCCGAGGCCGAGCAGGGCGAGCCGGCCGACGCGGGCGGCGCCGACGGGCCCGGGCUGCAGGGCGAGCGGCAGCGGCUGUGGCAGCUCUUCCAGCUCUCGGCCAUCGCCGUGGCGCAGCUGUACAAGGACGCGCAGGCGGGGCCGUCCGUGUGGGACCCCUUCCAGCACGCGGCCAUGGCCGUGACCAGCCUGUACCAGGAGAGCGGCGACGCGCACCGGCGAAGUUUCGAGCUGGGCGUGCAGGUGGGCCGCCGGCGCCGCAGCCGCGACCUGCUGGACUGGGCCCGGAAGGGCCGCAGCACCAUCCCUCGCGAAGACCUCAUCGGCUUCCUGUGCGGCAAGGACCCCCCGACGUCGCGGGCGGCGCCCCGCGCCCCGCGCUCGCCCCCGAAGCCGCCCGCCGCCGCCGAGCCCCCCGGCCCCGAGCCCGGAAGCAGUGCCCGCGAAGCCGAUCUGCGCCCCUUCCACGACGCCAUCGCCCUGCACGGGCUCAGCGGGGCCCUGGAGAGCAUCAGCGUGGGCUCCGGAGUCCCCCGGGGGGCCGAGCUGCCCCCGAGGAGCCCCCCGACGGAGGGGGCAGCGGCGGCGGCGGCCAGCGACGCCAUGGGAGAGGUGGCCUUCAGCCCGGACAGUGCGGGGACCCGCAAGCGCACUUCGGCCAGUUGCGGCGACGGCGUCUCGGACUCCCCGACGCCCAAGCGCCACCGGCUGCUUUAAACAGGCCCGCGUGGCCCCCAAGUUGCUGGCGAGCGGCCUGCCCUCGCCCUUGCUCGGUGCAAGGCUCCUGGACCCUAGCCUUCCCUAAGUUAAACAGUUUUGCAGGUAGUUUGCCUUAAGAGGCCACUUUGGACUGUUCGCCCCCCCCCAGGCGUGCCCUCCCCACCACCGCUGGGCAGAGCGUGGCGGCCUUUGAAGCCGGACGCAUCUGUUCA